CUCUCAUGAAACUGAAUAUCGGUAGGUUUCUCGGUAGGUUUUAUCGAAAAUCCAGUAGAUUUGACCUUAUUUUCGAAAUCGGUCGGUAGAUCGGUAGAUCCAUCAAAUAUCCAGUAGAUCUACCGAUUUAUCGGUAGAUCUGGCAACACUGUCGCUGUCGCCCGCGCUGCCGCUGCCGCACACCGCAGCCGCUGCCAUCCCCUCUACCCCUGCUGCACUCCACCGCCACACACGAUGUUGCCACCACAUGCGCACUAAAUAUUACCUGCACACACACAACUGCACUAACUUUUGGGUGACAACAUGACGCGUGGUGGAAAACACUCGAAGAAGGACACUCCACCUUCACCUGCAGCCACAGGAGACGCGUCGGCGACAGACUCACACCCACCCAAGCUGCAACACGAUGCUUCAUCUCAACCUCCACAGACGGAUUUCCACACCCUUCUCAUGUGGAUGAGGGAGAGAGAUGAAGCGGCCCGGGCCGAGCGCGAACAAGAAGCAGCUCGCCGUAUCGCGGAGGAGGCUGCUGUCAAGGCCGAGAGGGAAGAACAACGACGGGAGGACGCUGCGCGAUGGGAGGCUCUGUUAACGAGACUAGUCGGCCCACAAAACCUCCCCACCUCUUCGGCAGGGGAACAGACGGGCGUCACCACGGAAGGUGCGCCGCCUGGCUCCACAGCAGCCCCGUCAGCGCCCAAGGCAGCUGCUCACCCCCCGCCCACCCUCUCCACUGACGUUACGUACCAGACCUUCAAGGAGUGGAGACAACGGUGGACGGACUACGCGACGAUGGUGGACUUGCCCAGCAUGCCCCAACCCAAACAGCUGAUCCAGUUAAGGAUGUGUCUGUCACGGGAGACCAAGAGUGUACUGGAGCACACAUUACAGGUACCUCCAGACUCCACUUCUUCCGUAGACGAGGUGCUCGAUAUCCUCCAAAGGCACAUCAGGGACUCCAGCAAUGAGGCACUCCGACGCCGGGCGUUCACCAGCUGCAAGCAGGCGACAGGAGAGUCCUUUGGAGAUUUCUUCGUUAGACUGAAGAGCCUCUCAGAAGAAAUUGACGUCUGCAAGGGCCAAAACAACGCGUGUGUUGAAGCAUGGAUUAAGCACGGCAUCCUUACCGGGGUCCAGGACGAGGAGCUGGUACAGAAGAUCAUCGCCCUCGACUCCUCCUCCACACUUCAAGACGUCACAACGUUGUGCCGGUCCUAUGAAGCCACCAGGUCGGCAGCCUCUGCCAUACGGGCUCCACCAGCAGCACGAGCAGUUUCCCAGUACAAGAAGGGGAAGAAGGUGACCCACCAAUCCAAGGCAGAAGCACGUCCAGUCGCACCCAUGUCUACCUCUUCUUGUAGCAACUGUGGGAAACAGCAGCACGGCUCCAAGGGAUGCCCUGCUACCGAGGCAUCGUGCCGUGGAUGUGGAAAGACGGGACACUGGACGCACACGGAGAAAUGCCCAGCAAGGAAUGUCCAGUGCAAAGCUUGUGGCCGCUACGGCCACUUCGAGAAGCUUUGCAAGUCUCUGAAGCCCACGAACCAGCAACCCUCGAAGUCCAAGCCUUCAAAAACAGGGAAGGAGAGCCGCUCUACCUUCCACGUGGUGCGAGCGGAACCGCCUCCAGAGAACCCUAGCACUCGCAAGCGGCAGGGAGGCAACGUCAGACGAGUCCAGUCAACCACACGUGACAGGCCCACCCCCUCUCCCACCAUCUGUAUUGUCGUCACGCACGGUGGGAUGUCAAGGAGCAUCGAGGUGAUACCAGACACCGGAGCCGACACUACGGUGAUAGGUCCACAGCACCUCAAGACUCUGGGCCUCUCCAAGCGUGACCUUGAGCCACCCCCUUCACUGACGUACUACAACGCAGACGGGUCUGAGAUGCCAGCAGCCUUGGGCUCCUUUCAAGCGGAGCUCACCUACGGCACGCUGUCAUGCACGGGGUGGAUCGACGUGCAAGGUUCCCUGAGCACACCCCUGCUGUCCUGGGAGCACUGUCGGAACCUGGGCAUCGUGCCAAGGGACUUCCCGGAGCAGAUCAAGGGCUCUCGAACCACCGUCAACAGGAUCAAGGAAUCGACGGAUGCCACGUCCCACGAGAGUGCACAGAACUGUGAGCAGCCUGACGUAGCAGCUACUCCACCUCAAGCAGUUCCACCACUUCCACUUUCGUGCACCACGUCCCCGACGGCUGCCAAGGAGUACUUUCUACGAGAGUACUCGGACGUGUUGGUGCGGAAGGAUGACCUGCAGAACGCACUGAUUCCUCUCGCGUAUCGGGAUCCGGUGAAGGCUGAGCUGGACUCCAUGGUAUCGCAAGGCAUCAUCACUCCAGUAGGCGAUGACCCAUCCCCCUGGUGCCACCCGAUGGUCGUCGUCGCGAAGCCUGGAGGAGGUGUCCGGAUCACCACAGACCUGUCCAAACUGAACGGUCAGGUAUCCCGUCCGGCCCACCCAUCGCCUACACCGUUCGCCGCGAUACGCAGUGUGGAUCCCAAGACGAAAUUCUUCACGACGGUGGAUGCCUUGUGUGGAUACUGGCAGAUCCCUUUGGCCGAGGAAGACCAGCCCUUGACGACAUUCAUUACUCCUUACGGUCGCUUCCGCUACCUCCGCGGCCCCAUGGGCUUCGCCGCCACGGGGGAUGCUUUCUGUCGACGAGGCGACCUCGCGCUGCAGGGAGUGAUGCAGUGCGUUAAGGUAGUCGACGAUAUCCUCCUGUACGACGAGGACUACAUCACACACCUCCGUCGAGUCAAUGACGUCCUGGCCAGGUGCAGGUCAUACGGCAUCACCUUGAACGCCGAGAAGUUUGUUCUGGCCGCCUCGACAGUCUCCUUCUGCGGCUACAGGCUCUCCCACGACGGCAUUGCAGCAGAUCCGGAGAAGGUUCGCGCAAUCACGGACUUCGCGAAGCCCGCCAACUUGACAGACCUGCGAUCCUUCAUGGGUUUGGUAAAUCAGCUAGCAGACUUCACACCGGACAUCUCCAGCGCUGCUGCUCCCCUUCGCCCUUUGAUGAGCCCCAAGAGGACCUUCGUAUGGACUGCAGAUCAUGACCAGGCCUUUCAGAAAGUCAAGGAGGCCUUGUCCAGUCCACCAAUCCUCGCUAACUUCGACCCUGCCCUGCCCACCGUCUUGCAGACAGAUGCCUCGCGUCUGUACGGCCUGGGAUAUGCCCUCCUGCAAGACCACGGUGGAGGACAAUUCCGUCUCGUCCAGUGUGGCUCACGCUUCUUAACCGACACCGAGACACGCUACGCCACCAUUGAGUUGGAGUUGCUGGCUGUAGUGUGGGCCAUUGGGAAGUGCCGGUUCUACCUUACUGGCCUCCAGCACUUCGAUCUCAUCACAGAUCAUCGCCCACUGGUCCCCAUCCUUAACAGUUACUCGCUCGAUGCUAUUGACAACCCAAGAUUGCAGCGCUUGAAGGAGAAGAUCUCGGCGUUCCUCUUCACUGCAGUGUGGCGUCCGGGCAAGGAACUCUGCAUCCCCGACGCCCUGUCCCGUGCACCUGUGACUAACCCGACGAAGGAGGACAACAUACUAGACGCCGAGACCAGCUUCUCCGUCAAGAGUAUCGUCACCCUGCGGGCAGUCGAGUCUCUCGCCUCUACAGAGGUCCCUGUCUCUUCGGAUUCGACCCCUGACAGCGACAUGGCGUUGGAGGAACUUCGACGCGCGGCCCGUGACGACCCUAUCUACAUGGAACUUCUUCAGUGCGUGAGGGAAGGCUUCCCCCGAGACCGUUACGCACUCCCCAACACUCUGCGCCCGUUUUGGAAGCUGCGGGAGGACCUUUACUGUGAGGAAGGUCUUGUCUUGUACGGCGCUAGAGUGGUUGUCCCUGUUGCCCUACGCCGUCGCGUCUUGGCCCGCCUCCACGACAGCCACCGCGGAGCAGAGGCCACGAAGCGCAGGGCGAGACAGGCGGUGUAUUGGCCCGGUAUCGACGCAGACAUCGCGAACACGGUCCGUGCCUGUGAGCCGUGCCAAGUGAUGCAGCCCAGCCAGCAGCAAGAGCCCCUGCGCUGCGAUGACAACCCCACCAGGCCCUUCGAGUCGGUGUCGGCCGACUUCUUCUCUACUGCGGGGAAGUCUUUCCUGGUGAUUGCCGACCGACUGUCUGGUUGGCCUGUGGUGGUGUCUUGCGGUUCAGACACGACAUCUGCUGCCACCAUCCGCCACUUCCGGAAGUUCUUCCGUGACCUGGGCGUUCCAGUUCGUCUGCGCACGGACGGUGGCCCGCAGUUUGCCAGCCAGGAGUUUGCUGCAUUCCUGGAGCGUUGGGGCGUCCGCCACGACAUGUCGACGCCUCACUACCCGCAGUCCAAUGGCCACGCUGAAUCCGCGGUGAAAUCAGUCAAGCAUCUCAUCCAGAAGGUGGCCCCCUCAGGAAACUUGGACUGCGAGGCAUUCGACAGGGGCCUCCUGGAACUUAGAAACACCCCAAACCACACCGGCCGCUCCCCAGCCCAGACUUUAUAUGGUCACCCUCUCCGCUCCUGCGUCCCCGCGCACGCCAAGGCCUUCCAGAAACAAUGGCAGGAGAGGGCGGAAAGCUGUGACCGUCGGGCUGCUUCCCGUCUCCGAGACGCCACAGCUCGGUACGACGCUCACGCCCGACCCCUCCCACCGCUGGCUCUUGAGGAUGUAGUCCGCGUCCAGGACCCGACUACGAAGCGCUGGGACCGGGUCGGCACAGUCAUGGGCAUCGGAAGAUCUCGUGACUACCUCAUCAGGAUGCCUAGCGGUCGUAUCUGGUGGAGGAACCGCCGCUUCCUCCGCCCCACAGUGCCCCCUCCCGAUGACUCUCAGCCCGACCCUGAACCGCCUCAGCACACUACGCCCCGUCGCUCGGACCGACUCAAGGCCAAGAGAAACGCUCAAGACACGGCGUGCUGUGAGCGUGAAGGGGGGAGGGAGAUGUAGGAUAGUCAAGUCUACAAUGUACGUGUAGGAGACAGUUAAUGUACGUUUAGUUAGUGCCUAAGUGGCAACUCAGUUCCGCGCCGCCCGAGGCACGCCAGCGGCCAGUUAGCCGGGCGCCUCCCCUCUGUACGGAUACAUUCUGUUCUGCCUCUGUUUACUUUCCAAGUAAAGGACCUACAGUUAUUCCUCGUGUCUGUGCCCUUCCCCCACACCUGCAAGGAUCCAGACGACGAGACAAGAACAC